UGUAUAUAUUAGAUCAGUGGUUAUAUCCCAAUGAGUUCACAAUUCAGUUCUUCAGAUGGCGGUAAUGUACUUCGUUUGCAAAUAAAAAAACACAGAAGAAGAAGAACCCACGGAAGACGUUUAGCCAACGGUCAGCGGGUGUGACGUUUGAGGCUGAGAGGGCCCUAAACCAUGUACACAGAGUUGGCACUGGCGUUGGGACUUGGAGCGGUGGUAGCUCUGGUAGCUGUGAUAUUCCAGAAGAAAUCAAAGAUUGUCCUGGAAGCACAAGAUGGGUGGUGGGGUGUGGGAGCUUGUCCCCAAGAACCCGAGGAUGACAGUAUCCGCCCUUUCAAAGUUGAGACAACUUCUGGAGAGAUUGAGGAUCUAAACCUCAGGCUAGAUCAGACACGCUCCUUUCCUUCUCUUGAAGACAGUCAGUUUAACUAUGGCUUCAACUCCAAAUACCUUGAGAAGGUUGUGUCUUAUUGGAGGAAUGAUUUCAGCUGGAGGAAACAAGUGGAUAAACUAAACAAAUACCCUCAUUUCAAAACCAAAAUCGAAGGUAUUGAUAUUCACUAUGUUCACGUGAAACCAAAGAGGCUGGCUGAGGGAACCCGUGCUGUGCCUCUGAUGAUGGUACAUGGAUGGCCAGGCUCCUUCUAUGAGUUUUAUGGCAUCAUCCCCCUGCUUACGGAGCCAUCCAGUCCUGAUGACAUUACCUUCGAAAUCAUUUGUCCCUCAAUACCUGGUUAUGGUUUUUCAGAGGCCCCGCAUAAAAAAGGUUUUGACGGUCUAUGUGCAGCACACAUAUUCAAUAAACUGAUGAAGAGGCUUGGUUUCGACCAGUACUAUGUUCAGGGAGGAGACUGGGGCUCACUUAUUACCACUAAUAUGGCCCAGCUGGAGCCCAAUGCUGUGAAAGGCCUCCACGUUAACUUCGCUCCUCCAGGAAAAGGAGCCCUUCUCAUGAUAAUGUCCUUACUUUUUGGUCGCCGAUUUCCCAAACUAUUUGGCUUCACCGAGUAUGAUGUGAAACAACUUUUCCCCAUCAUGGAAAAGCUUGUAGUAGACUCAAUAAGGGAGACUGGAUACAUGCACAUACAGGCCACUAAACCUGACACUGCAGGCCGUGCAUUGAACGACUCUCCCGUUGGUUUGGCUGCCUACAUUUUGGAGAAAUUUUCAACCUGGACUGAUAAUGAAUUCAAGAACCUUGAGGAUGGUGGACUGGAGAGGAAGUUUUCUCUUGACGAUCUUCUGACGAAUGUGAUGAUCUACUGGACCUCUAGGUCCAUUAUAUCCUCCAUGCGUUUCUACAAGGAGAACUUCAGCAAAGGCAUGAAUCAGCUCCAUGCAAAGCUUCCAGUUUACGUUCCAACAGGUGUGGCCUGUUUCCCCAAUGAGCUGAAGCACUCCCCUAAAUCAUGGGUGGAACAGAAAUAUUAUAAGCUCAAGACUUACACACAGAUGGCUCGCGGGGGGCAUUUUGCUGCUAUGGAGGAGCCGCAGUUACUGGCAGAGGAUGUUCAGAACUUUGUCAAGAUUGUGGAAAAGAGCAAGAAGAAAUAAAAAGUUCUCUGUCCUUUUAUUCAUAUUCAUGGGCUAAGGGAACUCUCUGUGAAUACAUCUAAACAUAGAUGACCAUGAUGUAAAAAAACAACCCUUGGAGCACAACCAAUGGCUAAAACUAUUAUAAACAAAUUUAUUAUAUUAAUUUUGGGGUAAUAGCAUGGUUUAAUCCUAGGAAUAUAUUAACACAAUAUUUUAUUUGUACUAUGUGCCUUUUGAUUAAUUGUAAUUUUAAAUGAUUACAUAAUGACAGGAGCUUGCUUUUUUCAUAUUUCACUGAUUUUUUUCACUGAGUUGCUGAAGUGUUCUGACCAUUUUUGAAUGGGACCACUGGAACCAAUUUAAUGCUGGUGUUAAACUGUAUGAAAUGAUAGUCAAUCCUUUAAUAAAGCAUUUUUUUUAAGUA